UUCACUUAUACUUCCUCGGAGGGGGAAGUAAUAUUAUUAUCUCACCACCUUCUUUGCUCCGAUCCACUUCGCCGGUGACGGAGUUAUGACGCCGGAGCCGCCGCCUUUUCAGGAAGCUAACCGCUGUGACGUCUGUAAAUGCAGCUUCAACGCUUUUCGUCGUCGGCAUCAUUGCCGAUGUUGUGGGAGGACCCUAUGUAAUGAGCAUUCAUCUGAUCAAAUGCCUUUACCACAAUUUGGCAUUCACACCAAUGUUAGAGUUUGUUCUGAUUGUUUCAACAACUUCUCCAAAUCUACAGAUGGCAGUGUAGGGCCUACAACACAAAGUAAUCAUUCAAUCUCAGAAGCUAUUUCAACUUUAGACUUAAAUGAAGAUUCAGGACAUACAACUUCAUCAUCUGCACUGCAGCCACCUGUAUCAAAUAUUUCAGAAUGCAAAUGUGGUAUGCCUUUGUGCAUUUGCGUGGUUUCACUUCCACCUGCUCCAGCAGCUCCUGUUCAGACUGUAUACACUUCUUCAGCAACUUUAUCUUCAACAACAAAGAAGACAGAUGGCAUUUCAAGGCAAAGACGUUCUGCUCAAGAUAGCAGACAAGGUUCAAGUGUCAGUGUUGGUCCUUCAGCUAGUGGUUCAGAGAAACCUCAGGCAAAUUAUGAAGUGAAUGGGGAGGGCUUAAGAGAAGCAAUUAAAAGUGGUGAUCUUGCUGGAGUCAAGGAUCUUCUUAAAAAGGGUGUGGAUUCAAAUUAUUGUGACAAGCAAGGAUUGUCGUUGCUUCACCUGGCUGCAGUUUUCAAUCAAACUGAAAUAGUUUUUUGCCUUAUGGAUCAUGGUGCUAGAUUGGACUGCAAGAACUCCCUAGGGGAGACGCCGUUAGACUGUGCCCCCGCCACUUUGCAGUACAAAAUGAAGAAAAAGAUAGAGGGAGAAGGAUUGGCAUGACGGUCAGUGUUCAUUUCCUCACCUCGCAAGAGACUAGGUCUCAGUUUUGCAUACCAAAUGAUGGCUAUGCUCUUGCUGCUGUAUCUGUAACCUAUUGUAUUAUUAUGAACUAGUUGAGAGAUUCCCAGCGUUGAGUGAAGUUUUGUACACUCAACACGGUUAGAAUUUGCCGUUUAUUCCUUAUUUCCCUCUUAAUAAAAUUUUUAACCAAAUAAUUGUCGAA